GCAGCUCAAAUCUCUUUUUGACCAAGUCUCAAGACUGAGUAACACUUUAAAAGCUAUGGACGUGGGUCAAUUUAAAAAGGUAAAAGAAUAUCUUCCUGAUUUUAUAGACACAGUGGGACUAUUAAUUGGAAUAAUUGGAAGCUGCAUCACAGAAAUGACCACGAUUGCAGAUGAGUUGGACAAAUUCCACCGAGGAGCCACCAUUGCCAGUGUUACAGGAAGUUCAUUUGGCAUCGCUGGAGGCAUCACUACUAUUGUCGGCCUGGCGCUGGCCCCUUUUACACUUGGUGCAUCAUUGAUUGUCAGUGGUGUCGGUAUUGGUGUUGCUGUAGCUGGAGGAGUCACGGGGGCAUCGGCUUCUAUCGCUGAUAUUAUCAAUACAAAAAAUAAAUGCAACAGAGUGCAAGAGAUUGUAGAUCAGAUUGAUGAAAAGAUGAAAGAAUUGAAGGAGCUUUCUGAUAAUAUUAAUUUAGUAAUUGUAAACCUUCAGAGUUGUUUAGAUGCGGAAGAAAUCUUUAAUUUGACAAGACUAUUGGUAAGAGGUACAAUGAGUUCAGUAGAGAUCAGCAGAUUGGCUCAGCUGGGCAAAAUAACGACAAUGACUUCUCGAGGGGCCCAGUUAGCUGCUCGGGGGAUCCAAGCAGCUGGAGUCAUUUCUGGGGUUUUAGCAGCCCUGUUUAUUAUACUAGAUGCAACUUUUGUUGUUAAGGGAGCAAUGGACCUGCACAAGGGGAGUAAGACUGAGGAAGCCGCAAGGAUAAGAGCAUGUGUUAAGGACCUGCAAACAAUUUAUCAAGAAUUGCAGGAGAUUUAUAACCUAUUUGAAGAGUUGAGUGAUUUUGUUAAAUACUGAAUAGCGGCCCAGAUUUACUAGUCCUGUCUCAUUUGUAGACAGAGAAAACUUAGAGGCCGUCCUAAAAUGUGCCAAAUUUGUUAUAGUAACUGAUGUUGCACAUCUUUAGCCUAUCUGGUGUAGUUUAUACCACCUAUUUGUUGGCUUAGCUUACUCCUAAAAUCUUCCAUAUACCCUGAAAAUGUGUCCCAGUGCCCAAACAAUCUGUCUCAAAAAUCAGUCCCAAUGCACCAGUGUUCUGUCCACCAAAACUUGAAACCAUCUCUAAAUUGGUCUAAUCUGCUCCCCUUUCAAUGGGACCUAUGCUUCUAUUAUUCUCAUACAAUGGAGCAGAACAACGGAAAUAAAAGCACUGAUGCUAAUGUGACCUAAGACAUGCAAGUUUCUUGUCAUAAUAAUUUUUUACUGGAGCUGCUGUUAUCCUAGAUCAGGGAUGCCCAACCUGCGGCCCUCCAGAUGUUGCAAAACUACAGCUCCCAGCAUGCCUGGACAGCCUACAGCUAUCAGUCUACAGCAGGGCAUUGUGGGAGUUGUAGUUUUACAACAGCUGGAGGGGUGCAGGUUGAGCAUCCCUGCUCUAGAUACUUCAUCUAUAAGAUUAUUUUAACAAAAUUACAGUUAUUUCUCACUAAGUCUUUAUGGCAGGACUCCAUUUAUGACCCUAUGCACAUGGAGGCUAUACGGCAUCAUACUAAGUCACAUUGCUACCAUAUUAUAUACCUGUACAGCAAUAGGCAAUUUCUUUGAAAUGGGAGAUGCAGUGAUUAAAUCAAAGGUACACAGAGUUACAGUAUAGACCCUAAGAUGUGAUUAUAGAGUAGAACCGCCUUUCAGCACCAUCCAUUUUACAAACAGAUGAAAAUUUCACCAAAUUACAGGCAUAGCAUGUUUAUAGACAAUUCAUAUCUAUAAUCACAAUUCUGCAGUAUCUUACUAUAGCUCAAAAUAUCUAAUAUUCUGUCUGUUCAUGGUCUGCAUGUAGAAGCCUGAGAGGUGGGUCAAAGUUGUUCAAUCAUUUGACACAAAUUAUUAGUGUACUGUAUAUAAACUAUUAUAUAAUGUGAUGAAGAAGAUCAGUCUGCACUUAGUAGAACUAUCAUGAUAUAUUAGAAUACCGUUGCGUUAUCUCUACUAGAUCAUUGGCACCUAGGGUCAUGCACACGACCUAAUGUAUUUUACGGUCUGCAAAAAACUGAUCCGCAAAAAAUAUGGAUGACGUCCGUGUGCAUUCCGUAUUUUGCGGAACGGAACAGCUUGCCCCUAA